AAGGCAAGGAUUUGCAUUCGGUCACAGAUCUUGUCUUUGCUUCGAUUCAAAUCUACAUGAUUACCCUUGUUCUCCAAUCUAAUUAAUUAUUGAAAUGGCGGCAAUUGCAGUUCAUCAGUUUGCCGAUUGCGUUACCUGUCAUUCUUGGAGUCCCGAUCACUCUAUGAUUGCCCUUUGUCCAAACAAUAAUGAGGUUCACAUCUUUAAAUUAGUUGAAGGAAAUUGGGAAAGGAUUCAUGUUCUCCAAAAGCAUGACCAAAUUAUUGCAGGGAUAGAUUGGAGUAAAUCGUCAAACAGAAUAGUUACAGUAUCGCAUGAUCGGAAUUCGUAUGUUUGGAACCAUGAAGGAUCUGUAUGGGUGCCGACUCUUGUUAUCCUCAGGCUUAACCGUGCUGCACUAUGUGUGCAGUGGAGUCCUAAAGGAAACAAGUUUGCUGUGGGAAGUGGAGCUAAAACUGUUUGUAUAUGUUACUAUGAGCAGGAGAAUAACUGGUGGGUUAGUAAGCUAAUCAGGAAAAGGCAUGAUUCGUCUGUGACCAGUGUUGCUUGGCAUCCGAAUAAUGUUCUCAUUGCUACAACAUCUACCGAUGGCAAAUGCCGGGUAUUCUCAACUUUUAUUAAAGGAGUUGAUGCAGGUAAACCAAAGAAAUCAGGAAGUGGAUCCUCGUUAGAUGCAAAAUUUGGAGAGCAAAUUGUUCAGCUUGAUCUCUCAAUGUGCUGGGCCUUUGGUGUCAAAUGGUCCCCAAGUGGUAAUAGCUUAGCCUAUGUAGGUCAUAAUUCAAUGAUAUACUUUGUCGAUGAAAUUGGACCUUCUCCUUCUGCUCAAAGUGUAGUAUUACGUGAUCUGCCUCUUCGUGAUGUUAUGUUUGUAUCUGAGAAACUUGUAAUUGGUGUGGGAUAUGACUGCAAUCCGAUGAUUUUUGCAGCGGAUGGAACAGGUUUAUGGAGCUUUGUCAGGUUCCUUGAUGAAAAAAAAGCAGCAUCUUCUAGUGCAAGAUAUGGUUCACAGCUCACAGAAGCAUUUGGCAAGUUCUAUGGAAGCUCGAAACAGGGAACUAGCAACGAUAAAGCUCGUGCUGGUGUUCAUGACAACUGCAUCAAUUGCAUUGUGCCGCUGAAGAAAUCAGGGAGCACCAAAUUGUCCAGCUUUAGCACUUCAGGACUGGAUGGUAAAGUUGUGGUGUGGGAUUUAAAACACCAGGAAGACUUGGUGGAGUAUCUGUAAAUCUAUGAACACCGUAAUUAUGGUAAACUUGAUUGUUCUUUUAAUCUUGAGCAACCAUAUUCUUACUUUAUCACUAGUGUUAUUUACGUGAAAACAUAAUCAACGAUGCUACGACUUUAGCAUCGAUUGACCAUUUCUCUGUAUUCCUUUGUUACUGGUAUCAAGUUGUUUACAUGU